AUGUCCGACGCUAUGGUGCUAAAUCUGACGGAAAAACUGAUAAUGCCAAUGUAUGUGUUCACAAAUGUAUGGAAAAGCGCAUGCGCAAGAAGUGGAAGUAGUAAAAUCUACGUACCAAAAGGAACAUUCUAUCUCGGUGGUGUAGAGUUUGUGGGACCAUGCAAAAAUCAGAUUGAAUUCGUCAUCGAUGGAACUUUAUUGGCUCCUUCAAACCCUAGAGAUAUUAAGCAGGACAUGUGGAUCAACUUCAGGUACAUCAACAAUCUAUAUAUCUCCGGUACCGGUACACUCGAUGGUCAAGGGAAGCAAUCUUGGCCACUCAAUGACUGCCACAAAAACACCAAUUGUCCUAAACUAGCUAUGAAUCGAUGGGAUAACAUCACUCAACAGCAAAAUGGGACACUUAACUUCUUCUCCGUCCAUCACUUCAACAUUACUGGCGUCACCGUAACAGCUCCCGGCGAUAGCCCAAACACCGACGGUAUCAAGUUCGGUUUCUGUAGCAACAUUCGCAUCUCUAACACAAACAUUGUACGUGACACGGUCUUUAACGGCACAAGCGAUGGUAUUCGGAUCAAGACUUGGGAAUCUUCUGCUGCAAAGAUCGUCGCUUCUAACUUUGUGUUCGAGAAUAUUCAGAUGAUUAAUGUUGGAAAACCAAUCAACAUCGAUCAGAAGUAUUGUCCUUACCCACCUUGUGAAAAGACGGGAGCGUCUCACGUUCAGAUAAAGGACAUUAAGUAUAAAAACAUAUAUGGGACGUCGAAGAACAAAGUGGCAGUGAAUCUACAAUGUAGCAAGAGCUUUCGUUGCAAGAAUGUUGAGCUAAUUGACAUUAACCUUAAGCAUAACGGAGUUGAGGGUGGUCCUUCCACUGCCGUGUGCGAGAAUGUUGAUGGUUCUGCUCGUGGUAAGAUGGUUCCUCAGCAUUGUCUGGCUUGA